GUAAAAACAAAAACACAUGAUUUUCGAAGCUGUCAGAAAAAAACCCAUCUAAAUGAGAGUCAACAAAUUGUCACACAUAUUUUAUUCGACGAAAUUAGUUUUUAUCCAAUGAAAGAUAGAGUUCUGCAAAGAAUCAAUCAGCUUCACAAAAUCAAGUGCUCAACAUGAUCAGGUAAACCAUUUACCAUGUUGGAAGUUGGAAGUCAUGGAAAAACAAAUAAGAAGAAACAAAUCAUGUAGUGCUAGUAUUGUAAAUAAGAGUGACAUUUUUCGGGAAAGCCUGUUUCAAACAUAGAUAACAUAUGUCUACGUUAGGAAAUAUCAUUCCAGAAAAAAGUUUGGUAGACAGAAAGAGAUCAAAUUUUACAAAAUCUCUAGAUCUUGGUGGUGUACAGUCUAUUGAUUGUGGAGGUCCAAAAGAUCGUGAGGACAUCGAAGACUUUAGUAAAUCUGUUCAUGUUCUAAGACAAAAUGAUGGUAAAUACAAAAUUCACAACAAUCAGAAAACUCCUGUUGAUAAAAGCACUCACAGCAAGACUGUUAAGACUUCACUAAGACAGUAUUUUCAAUGGUUAAAAGGAGUGAAAUUGUCAAAAGAUAAAAAGAAACUAAAAACAAAUCAAGAGCAUGCAAAUUGUAAUGAAACUAAUUCUAGUUGCUCAUUAGUGAUUGGUGGAAAUUUGGAAACUGGAGAGCAGUGUACAUGCUCAAAGUUUCAUUACCACACGUUUCAAAAUCGAACUUUUUUCUUGCCAGUAGAAAUAUCGGAAAAUACUGAAAAACAUUUUGCAUCUAGAGUAGAAUUCGUUGAAGCAAACCAAAGAUAUUUGAAUGUUUGCAAUACGUUUUGGCGUCCAGCACUAUCAUUAAACCAACAGCGUUUCUCUAAUCGUAAAAUUGGUAUUGGAAAUCUCAUUGAAUUUGAAUCUCUAUGGCCAGAAGAGUCCAGUCUGAAAUCUUUGUUAACAGAUGGAUUACAGAAUACAGCAUUAUGUGACGCCAUAUCUGAGCUAGCUUUGCUGGCUGUUGUUUGUGGUCCUGUUCAAUUACUAGAAUCUCUUAUUAGCUCGUCUCUUGUUAGACUAGAUUGUCAUUUGGAAGAUGGACAAGGAUUACUACACUAUGCCUGUUUAAUGAGGAGACCACAGUUGAUUACCUAUCUAACCAAAUCUGGAAUAAUGCCUGAACUCCCUGAUAGGAGAGGAUAUACAGCUGAUGAAACAUGUUUUUGUCCAAAGAUUUGGAGGCACCUACCAAAUAAAUACCACAUCAACACAAGUGUUUGUCCAUCUUAUGAGACUUUGAUUGUUCCCAGUUUCCAUGAUAAAUCAGUGCUUUUCAGAAUGGCUCAAAUGACAGGAAAUGUUUACGAAAUACAAAUGAAUCUACAGACUUUAAACUUUAAUGUGAAUACAGAAUGUAAUACAGAUGGAGAUUUCUUGAUCCAUGUAGCUGUAAGGGGAGGACUAUGUCAACUACCACUGAUUAUGACUCUAGUAAGGAUACAACAUGCUGAUAUUGAACUCUGUAAUUCAAAGGGCAUGACCCCACUUAUGAUUGCAGCUCAAUCUGGGAACAGCAUAUUAUGUGAUUUAUUGAUUUGUGUUCAAGGAGCUGAUCCUAACAAAGUUAAUGUAGAAAAUGGAAGAAGUGCUCUUCAUUACGCUGCACAGAACUGUCAUGAAGAUGUUGUCAGCUGUCUGAUUAAGAGGGGAGCUGACAUAAACCAAGAAGACUACCAUGGCUGUCUCCCUGACAACCUUCCCACAAUGCACAAGUACUACACAUCUGCUGAUUGCAAUGAAAUAAUUUGUCAGCGACGGAAGCAAAGACGAGAAACUCUGGUUGACAUUGUUAUAAAUGGGCAGAUAACUACAGAUGACCUUGUAGAAAGUGAUUUAUGUUGUGUUGAUGAUGAGGGUUAUACAAUUAUCAUGUUAGCAGCUAGAAAUAACAGGAUAGAAAACCUGAAGGAACUGUUAGACUUUAGUCUAAAGUCUGUAGAUGCACAGUACUCUAAUAAUUCCAAAAAGGACAGUAUGAAAGAGAUUGGAAUGACAGCUUUAUCUAUGGCAGCCAGUAUGGGAAAUAAAGAUAGUGCAAGACUGUUACUUUUGAAGGGAGCUAAUCCAUGCAUUGCUGACAUCAGUGGUUAUCUCCCCUUACACCAUGCUGUGAUACAGAAUGAUGAUGAUGUUGUUGAAGUCAUUCUAGACUUUUUUCCUUUGACUUAUAAGGGACUAAAGAAAGGGUUAGAUUUAUGCAACAGUCCUGUUUUACAAAGAAAAUUAAAGCAAGCACAUCAGAGAAGACAGGAUGAGAUUGUCUCUCCUGGAUUACUUGAGUUUACUAUGGAAGGCAAUGCUGACAAGCUGUACUGUUUAUUAGAGGAAGGAGAUGUGGUUGAUACAAAGAGUGCAUUUGGUAGUUGGCCAUUGUACUUAGCAAUAGAAAAUGGAUAUUAUGAUGUGGUCACACUUCUGUGUGAGAAAGGAGCUGAUCUGAGAAAGCGCCACCUAGCUACAGGAAAUACUGUUCUGCAUUUAGCUGCAAGCCUAGGUCGUUUAGAUGUUUUAGAGUUCCUGUUAAACUUCUGUAAGCCUCAAUAUGGAGUUGAUGUGGGAAGAUUCUCAGGGAGUUCCAAAAAGAGGCUCAGUGUCAAUGCUUUGAAUGGAUCUGAUAGGACAGCUCUACAGUUAUCAGCAGACAAAGGUUUUCUGAAACCUGUCAAAUGUUUAUUGAACCAUGGAUCAACAACAGCCCUUCUGGAUGCCAAUGGUAACCUAUUUUCUGUGCCUGAAUAUGAAGGUGUUUGGAGUGAAAUACUAUCACACAGACAGAGACAUACAGAUCUGGUCAUGAAUUUGAUAGAAAAAGAUUCAAAACAAAAUAUUGAAAAACUGAAAAAGGCUUGGGUGCCAGGGUUUGAUCAUAACCUUAGAGAUCACCAUGGUAACACUCCACUAAUGGUAGCAUGUAAAGUUGGCAAUGUUGAUGUAGUUCUGUUCCUGUUACAGUCUGCUGUUUACCCACAAUCCUUUGCGGAAGAUGAUAGCCUCUUAGAGGACAACUCAGAUAAUGAUUCUGGAGUUCUGGAUACUGACUCUGUAAGAACUGGUAGUCAGGAAGGUGAACCUCAAUGUACUUAUUAUCCAGUUGUGAGAAACUCUCCAGUAAUGAGAUCUGAAGUGGUAGAAAGCAGAAAAGUUGAGUCUUUACUACAAGAUAUUAGUCGCCCAUUAGGACUAUCUAUAUAUCAUGAUGGAUUUAUCAAUCAUAUAUGUGCUGUUAAUUCCAUGGAUGGUUCCACUGCAAUACAUAACUGUUUACUCAAGGGAGAUAACUUCAGAAUAAUGGAGUUGUUACUAAAAAUAGAUCCCAAUGAUAUGACUGUCAACCUUCAAAACAUCUCAGGGUUUACCCCUUUACAUUCAGCCUGCCAGUUAGAAAGGAGGAAAUGUACAGACAUUCUUGUUAAUUGUUCAGAGACUGAUUUAAAUAUUCCGACCUUGGAUGGAAAACUGGCAGAAGAAAUGACCAAUAACAAAAACAUUAUUAAAAUAGUUCAGAGGGGCCGAAAGGGGCAUCCUGUCAGAUCUAAGCCAUCCUCAAAGUCUCGUUCCUCUUCUGUUACAAAUGCUUCAAUAUAUUCACAGCCAUUGCAGUCAGAAGCUCAGUCUACCAUCAAUUUAGAGAAAGUACAUUCCCGAUUUGAAGCCAUGAAGCUUAAUUUACAUAAAAUUCAACAUCAGGAACUAAUUUCAUAAUAAUCUGAACUUGAGUACAUUUAUUACAUAUUUUCUUUUUAAGAUUGUUUUGUAGGAUAUCAGUUAUUGAACAAUUGGUUCAAUUGCUUAGUUAUGCAAUUUAUUUAUAUUAAUAAAGAAGGUUUUUUUA